GUUUUCAUACUGCCUUUUCCCUGGCCGCGACAAGAUGUGGUUGACCGUGGCUCUGAUAGCUAGUGGUAUUCUCCUGGUGAAAUGCGACAAAGUCACAAUCAGGCCGGUACCGCUGUCGGAUCUAAAGGAGGCCACCCCUCCGAAGAUGGAGCCUCACUUCAUGUUGAACGGUGUUGACGAUUCCUUCAUAAACCAGAUAGACGAUCUGCACAAAGGCCAUAGUGAAAUUGAAGCUAAAAUGGAACGAGACGAAUUAAACGAGUUCCUGGUACUUUAUAAACAUCGGGAAAAACAACGGACGAGCUAUGAAAGGAACAAACCACGUCAAAAAGUUGACCAGACCAAGAGGACAAAACGCUCAGCUAGUCUUGAAGUUCCCCAUGGCCAUACUCGUCGCAAGAGAUUCUUUGGUACAUGGAUGCUGUGGGAAAAAGGGAUUGUGCCUUAUUCAUGGGGCAACACAACUGCCCAAGAGCAAGCGUCUGCCAAGGCAGCUAUGGAAAUUAUUCACAAGUAUACCUGUGUUCGGUUCGUCUUGAGUGACGGCUCACCUGACUUCAACAGCAAACUGGGGCUCUCCCAUACAACAACUCUGACGUUCCUCAAACAGGGGGCUGCCGGGUGCUGGUCACGUGUUGGAAUGAAAAAAAGCGGCAUACAGGAGAUCAGUGCUUGCAGUGAAAUGCUGACAUCUCUCCACGAAAUCUGCCACGCAAUGGGGGCCUACCAUGAACACAUCAGCUACAACAGAGACGGUAACAUAGAGGAGAACCCCCAAAAUAUAAAGAAAGGUGCGGAGAACAACUUCCAGAAGCGCGACCCCGCCUACAGAAGCUUCUUCAACAUGGAUGCAUACGAUCUGCAGUCACUUAUGCACUACGAACCCCACGACUUCUCCUCCAACGGCAUGCCGACCCUGGACCCUUUAUAUCGAGACUUUGCUGAGCCUGCUGAUGACUACUGGCUACUGAUGAAGGAGAUGAGCAAGGUGUACAAGUGUAUGGACAUGAAGUGUCCUUCAGUCAAGCUGAACUGCUCUCACGAAGGUUGGGCUGGUUACUACGAUGAUAACUGCCAGUGUGUCUGUCCAGCGGGACUGGACCCUACAACACAGUGCACAACGCUUAAACCUGGAGACUGUGGAGGUAUCAUCGAGCUAUCACGUGAGAAGACGAGGGCAACGUUUAAAUCUCCCAGCUAUAAUUUGCCCGCCCCGUCCUCGUCAAUCUGUACUUGGAUUAUCAAGUCUCCUGGGAUCGUGAUGCUGAAAGUGCAGGACAUGAACCUAGAAGGAACUAGCGAGAACUGCAAAGCUCACAUUCGAAUCCGACGAAAUCUUCUUGGUCAGUCCGGCACAACGUACUGCGGUAGUGGUUUUCAGAGGUCUCUUUUUUCCACCGGCAACUAUAUGGCGGUAACUUUAACAACUGAAAACACGUUGACAAGCCUUUUCCUAGCCACAGCCGAGGCUCUGUUCGCCGAGGACAGUUGCUAUAAUUGGGAUGAUCGUGGGGAGACCUACAGCGCUGACCUCCAGUUCUCCGAGAAGUUCCACAAGUGUGUCAACUGGUCAGAAGCCACGGCAUGUAACCACAGCCCGUUUUCUAUGACUGGUGACCUGAAGGCAGACUACACCGGCAACAGCUGCCGCAAUCCCGGGGGUGUCCUACACAGGCCCUGGUGCUACACUGACGUCAAGCCUACAAGUUGCACCAUCCGAUACUGCGAGCCGUGCCAGGAAGGAGACGUGUAUGACGUGUACGACAACUGCGGCGACAUCUUACGACGACUCCCUGACUUCUGCACAGACCCGGAAGCUGAACAUGGCUGUAGGAAGACGUGUGGUUUUAUGAAGCCUACGAUUCAGAAAGAACAGUGUGGCGUUCCCCCUGCAGUCAAUGGCGCUCGCCUGACGGUUGCCGCCAAAGACAGCUAUGACGUGAACGACGUUGUCAUGUACCAGUGUCUUCACGACAGCUCCAAGAUGUCACCGAGAUGGUGCCUCUCCAAUGGUGUGUGGUCCGACCUUCAAGCAGUUUGUGGAGAGUGUGUUGAUCAGAAGACGACUUGUCUGGACCUGCUGAAGAACAACCGUACGAUGUGUUCCACAUCCCCGGCUUACAGCACCAAAUACUGCUCUGCUACAUGCGGGACAUGCUCAGGAUCGAAGGCCACGUGCAGUGUGAAAACUCCAACGGCAUCGUCAAGGUCUGUGUUGGUCACCAAUGGUCCGACUGUUAGCCAAGGACAAUUUGUUCAGUACAAGUGCAGCACAGGAUUCUUCAAACAGUCUGGCGACGCGGAACUUGUGUGCUUGAUGGAUGGGACUUUGUUCGGAGACAUGCUUGUCUGUGGAGGUGAUAACAAAGCGACUACUCCGGUAAGUGACCUUGAAGUGAAGCAGAUGCAGAUGACCUUCAUGCCAGCCUGGGCGUUCAUUGCUGGCAACCAGUACACCAACAUCACCAGGGCCGGUGCCCUGAAGACCUGGUACUUCUACUGCGUCAAGUCCGGCCUUGUCAAACUCGGAGUAUUCAGAGAUGUAUCGGGAGGAGCCUUUGUUGUCGGUGUAACAGAAGCACAAUGUGAUGCAGAGCGGUUGAACAUUGUGCAACUGAGUGGACUCAAUGAGAUCUAUGUAAAGGAGAACGACUACAUCGGGGCCCUCGACGUCGAUGGCGGUGCGCUCACCUACUCCAUGUGCUCGGACCAGUCGACCGAAACCAGAGUCGUCUUCCUCUUUAACAGCGCCAUGCUCAGUAUCAACAACACCCUGUCUUUUAUGGCAUUCCCUAUAUGUGCCUAUGUAGCUCUAAACGCCGACGUGGGCGAGACACACCUUCAGGCCAGGAUCGUGAAUUACAAAUUUGUAGGUUAAAUGAGCCAACAUGUGCGGCGGCUGUCUGGCGGCUAUCAGUUACUCGCCAAGUUCAUGUAUCUACAUACUGGAAAUAAAACACCUUUUUGGCAGAAA